GUUGUGAAUGUCCGUCAAUUUCGCCCCGAGGGAUUGAACAGCUUUGCCUUGUAGACCGUAAAGCGAAGCGGUGGUUGAUCUCUGCACUCGCUGUGGCAUCUGUAUGUGGCAUGUCCACUGGUUGUAGACAAAUAUUUAGAGUAUAGUCCCAAUACCUGCGUUUCACGUCAGGCGAUGAUUUGUGGACACGAAAUAGUGUUGCCGCAGGAUGUAUAUUUUGACGGUAUUGUGCGUAGGUGACACUGGAAGUCGUUAGCGGCCACAUUGGUGGAGCACGAUCUUGCUUAGUGUGUCGCACAAUUCUUUUCGCAGCGCUGUGCAGUUCCACUUGUUCUUUCACAAAUUCUCAGUCCUUAAUCGGACUAGAUAUCUGGGAGUACUGGGUUGACGGCGAUUUGAUCUUGUAGAACUGCUGUUGAAAGUAUAUAUGUGAGCGGCUUUGGAUUCGGGAUUGGUUUCUGCCGAUUAUUACGGAAUUCGAACAGCAAUGUGCUGGGGAGGUGGGACGGCCGUGAGACAAGUGUAUCCUGACGAGCUUCCUUAGUUACCAGGAAAGCGAAUGAUAAUUUACAGGUCCAGAUCAGCCUCGCUGAGAAGGAGACGAGGGCUAUGACAGGGAUUUUUCAGAUAUUCGACCGUUACAAGUCGAAGUCCUAUGCCAAAAAUGAUAGCAGGAGGAGCAAAAAUGGAGACUCCGACGUCAAAGCGGUUCCGAAAUACUAUUUGCAGGUUGAAGGUGAUGGUGUGGCAAGGAGAGCACCGUCUGAUCAGGCAUGGUCAGAAGCUUCACGGGACUCUCGUAGGUCUUCCUCUGCAGACAUUAGCGAGGUCGUGGUGAAGACUUUGGCAGCUUCCAAAGAGCCUCAAAACGUGCAGAAGCCCCAUUCUGCCCGACCAUCUACUGACUCUCAAAAGCCUAGCUUCGCCGCUAAUAAAUCCCGGUCACCCCGAGCAACCCAGAGUGAAGCGAGUGGUUACAAGGAUACCUCGAAGAUCCCUGAGAGCUAUUUAUCUGACGCUGUUACGCCGAAGUCUGCGGCUCCGUCUAGGAGCUCUGUGGAUCACAGAGUCAAAGAUGGUUCCAAGCUUCCACCUCGAGAUACACGGAGUGCAUUUAAACCCUCAUCUCACAGGGACAGGUCAAGGACGACCGUGGAGACGGUGGCAUAUCCCAACGACGCAAGAGAUAUUUCUCGAGCGAUCAUGCAGAUGAGGGAGCCAGCACAACAAGCAUUUGAGGCGAGAGAGGCUCCCCGGCUUUCAUCUUCUGUCACAAGGAGAGACGUGCAGCGUUACCAUUCCUCUGGUGAUGAACGGGAAGGUGACAGGUAUCGCAGGGAUGGUCGCAGCUAUCAGUCUUCGGGCGACGAAAGAGACGGUCAUCGGCAUCUUUCAGCUAGUGAGACAAGGGACGCUCGAAGGUACUCCUCGGUUGCUGAGAGUUAUGAGGAGCACGCCUUCGACGAUGAACCGGACCAUCACAGACCCCAGUUUCCUUCUGAGGGGAAGGAGUUCUUGCGUUCUUGGCAUGUUGACGAAGGCCUCAAGACCCAAGCGCCAAGCCACAUCAGGGAAAUCGCCAGGUAUAUGUCCUCUGGUGAUGAAAUGGAUAGUCGGAGGUCGAAUUUGUCAUCUGGGGAUGAGAGGGGAGCUCGGAGGUUUCACCAACGCGUUGAACGCAGGGAUGGUGUGAGACACCGUGCAUCUCAGGAUCCUGAAAGUAACAGAAGUUACUGGCCCAUGGAUAACAGGGAUGGUCUAAGACAUCAAUCUGGAGGCGAUGCAUACGAGUCAUCCACUGGAGAUGAGAGAGUUGUGCAGAGACCCUACCCCUCUACCCGAAGUCGUCGCUCGCUUGCGUCUUCUGAUGAAAGGGGUCACAAGCAUCCCUCAUCAAAAGAAAGAGCCGAAGGGAGAAGAAUUCAUGCCCACGAUGCAGGCAGAGAAAUUCAAGGCAUGCACUUUUCCGGGGAUGAAAGGGGUGGCCAGAGACGUGUGUCUUCCAAGGACGUGCAUCGUAGAGAUUCUUCCGGAUUCAUCUCAGUUCACAAGCAUCAGGCAGCUACCGAACUGAAUAACCGCCAUAGACACCAGUCUGUUGAUGAAGAGAAGUUUGGAAACAGGCAUCAUACGUACUCUGCGAAGGGUUCUAGACACCAAUCUUCCACUAGUAGCUUUGAAGGUCCCCGGUAUCAUUCUUCUGGGGAUGAAAGGGGAACGCACAGGAUGUAUGCGUCUGCUGAGGAGAGAGGUGGCAAGAGGCAUGAGCCGCCUCUUGACAGCUAUAAUGGAUGGAGGAAUGAGUCUUCUGAUGAGGACAGAGAGGUGUUCCCACAACCAAAUCGGACCAAUGCUCGAGAUGAUGCUCGACGUUACUCUUCUGUGACAGAUGCACACAGAAGGUACUCAUCGGGCAACGAAGAUGCUUACAGGAGAUACAGUUCAUCAAAUGAUGAGAAGCGAUCUGACAGGAGCAGGUCGUCUGUUAGAGAAGGUCGUAAAUACGAGUCUGUCACUGCCUCGAGGGGAAUUACCGAUGAAUAUCAGCACAUCCGCUCUAACGAUAGAACCGUAGAGUGGGUCGCCCAUGAAGCUAACGUUGCUCCUAGCCUCUUGAUACCUGCUGGUUCGAAGGAGGUACGUAGGAGAAACUCUUCUGUAGAAUCCAGAGGAGAGCGAAGACAGCGAGGCUCGAAUUCCUCUAUUGCCUCACAAGAGGCUGCGAAGCUCCGUUUAUCUGUUGAUACUCGUGUGCCUAAUUUUAAAGAGAAAGAAUCUCCUGCAGGAUACAGCAGGGACCUGCCGCCUAGGUCUUCUGCCAGGGAUCUGCCGCCCAGAUCACCUAGAAGCUUAAUUGAUAUCAGAGACUUAGCUAGGUUGAACGUGCAGGUUAGGGAAAGUACUCACACUCCUGCUCCUAGAGAUAGUUACCGUGGCGAGCUCCAGAAGCCUGCAGUUGUUCCAGAGACAUCUCAACUGUCUUCCGAAAGUGUGUCAGGAUCCUAUGAUCUAAGGGAAAUUUUGAGGGCUAUAGACUUCAAGGACUCUCAAUGGGCUUCUGAGAAGUUGCGGGAUGGGUCAUCACGCAACUCCGUCGAUGGUAGAGAUCCACCUCGCACAUCAAACGUGUCUCGGGUUUCAGUUGAUAGCCGCCAGUACCAGUCGAGCACACCUCGGCUUUCUGUGGAUGGUAGGGAGCAUUUGCGUGCUAGCAGUCUUCAUUCUUCGAGGGCGUCUUCAGUGGAUGCACAGGUUCAGCUGAGAACCAACUCUAUGGAUAGUAGCAGUGCAUCAGGGGAAUUUAAGAGACGCGGUCCGAGUGUGGUGGCUCGGUUGAUGGGAUUAGCGGAACUUCCUGACAAAGACACUUCCCUCUCGUACUCAGAUAAGCCUCAGGGUCGAGACGGAAAGUUGUCGAAGAAGUUGUCAGUCACGACUCCACCUGAAGCUACUUCUCCACAAUCCGAUUGGGGCAAAUCACAACUUCAUUUAACUGAGGUAGCUCAACAGAUGAAGCAAGUCGCAGCUCGUCUUCACCAGGAUUCACAACUGCGUCAGAAGUCUGUGCAAGUCCCGGUGGAGACACGCCCUAAGCGAAAGCCCAAAACGAAGUCUAAGACGCAGUCGCGGUCCCGUUCUCCACCGCCUGCUCCAGCUCCAGCCCACGAAGACAAGGAAUCGCGGAGGUUUGGCUAUCAUCACAGCUAUGGUGUAAUUGGACGUCUAGGUGAUCCUGGAAGCCCUCUUCCCCGGCAACCAAUGUCCCCUAAACAUCACCAGAUGGAAGGAAUGCCGAAAGUAUUCAACAAAAGACCCCAAGAACUUUCUUCCGGGGACCUUGACCAGAGGCUGCAUCAGCUCCGCAUCAAGAACUCAAUUCAGGAGCAUAGAACUCUCAAGCAAAUUCUGGAAGCCAUGCACCUGAAGGGAUUGCUUCACCCACCUCAAAAGAAGCCUCCUAAAUCUCCUAGGGCAGAGCUCCUUGAACAAGGUUUUUUGCGAGAGGAAGCCCAACGCCCGUUACAUGAUUUUGCAUCUUCAAGUUUGAGCAAUAUGACAGGAUCAAGUCGCAAGGAUUAUCAGGAGCAGUUGACUUUUGAGGAUUUAAUUCGGAUGGAUCCCCAUGUUCAGGAAGAACCAGCACUUGAUAUUGAUCACACUGGAGAAGCGUCAAUUGUACUGAUGAAGCCUGUUAACUAUCACUCCAGCAGGCCUGUUACCCCUCCACCUGCAACCAAAGACGUUGAUUUCAAUUCAGAAACAUCGGGUCCUUCUGGGUUUGAGAGAGAAAAAAUCGAGAUCCGCCACAGAGGAAGGGGAUCUGAACGUCGAGCUGGCAGCAGCGGUAGAGCUUCUAGGUCUCACUCUCUCGAAUCUCUGGAAAAGAGAUCUGCCGACAAGGUUCAGGUUGAAGAUCAAAGUUUUGCCAACGUUAUGCUUUCUUGGAGGGAACGCAUUGCAGCAGACGCGGCUAGAAAGGCCUCAAUUGACAUGGCAGAAGCUAAACCGCACUCUCGCUCCAAGAGUUCUACUCCGGUAAAACAUCGGUCUCGAGAAGUAAGCCCUUUACAGUAUGAUGCUAGAGAUGCAGGCUCAACAGAGAGAAGGGCUGGGAGUCGGAGUCCAAGGCCGCAAGCAAGUAUUGAAGAAUACUUGUUUAAUAAUAGAGAGGAGAAUGAUGCUCUUUCAAGGAAAGUGCUCUCUGAUGCGCAAGAGUAUUCUAGUCAUGACGAAGACAAGUUUAAGAUGGUCGGCCGCAGCAAAUCUGACCUACAGGUUUCUGCAGCUUCGACCGAAGCAGUGGAUGCUAUGGAUGCCUCCCUCGACAAAGUCUCUGCUCAAGUUUCAGUCGUUCGAAAUAAGAGAACAUCAGUUAAGUCGAGCCGCUCGAAGGACAAGCAUAGAGCAUCACAUCCUGGCGAUCUCAAUGCAAAAGCAUCCUCAAAAUCGCCCUCAAGUGGCAACACUGAGGCUAGCUCGUCGGCAGAUCAGGUAGUUCAGGAUCCCAUUCUUGACCUUAAGGACCAUAAGGAAUCUAGCUCAGCUUUGAAUUCUACGGCCCAAGAAGAAUCGUUGAAGAUACCAGAUGUUGAUUCAAGAGUGACGCCCAAGAAGAGGAAAACUGCAGAGCCUGUUGUUAUGCUCGAAGAGGAGAAGCCUCAACUGCCCCGAGUUGUUACUCCUGUAGUCGAGGUGAAGGGUCCUUCAAAUGAAGAAGAGGAUUUCAGUACCUCUGUUGAAGUAGUCCCGAAUCCUCAAGUUGUUCCUUCUGCACACUCCGAGCAAGAACAAGAAGAAGAAGAUGUCAAGAUGGAAGACGCUUUUGACGGUACUGUUGGACAGAUCUCAGAGGGCUUUUCCUCCGGAAGAGAUAAAUGUUUUUCUGAAGAUGGCGCUUUGGGUCUUCAAGGGGCUGACCACCCAAGUCCAGUAUCAGUUCUUGACAGCCCAAUUUACCGAGAAGAAUUUCACCUUGAGGAGCUGAGUGCAAGUCCCGAUUCUGUCAAGUCAGUUAUGGCUGGACAUGAAGAUGUUGAGGCUAUUCCACACCUUGAUGGUGCAGUCGCAUGCGAACCCGAGCCAGAGGUUUUAACGCCCCGCUCUUGGGCAAGCAAGGACACAUCCGAUCCCCUCAGAGACAUAUACACCAAAUUGGCCUCUACUCUGGAGAUGAAUGAGAAGGAAAUUUGUCGAGGUCAAUUAGUUGCAGAUCUUCAGAUUCCGUUCAUAGUAGACACUCACCAGACACAUGGGAACGUAGUUGAGGUAAUUUCUGUUGAAAAAAGCAAGGAAAGGCUCUAUGUGCAGAGCAUAUUAACAGAGUCAGGACUUACCCAGGAAGAUUCUCGGUUAACUGAGGACGCAGCAGAGAUUAUGCAGUUUGAAGUGUUCACCAGAAAGGAGGAGGAGUUGCAGACAGAGGAGCUGGAGAGAAUAGACAGAGGGGAGCUGGAGAAAACUGAAGAACUCAGAUACAAAGAAAGUCUUGAUCGCAGAUUGAUUUUCGACUGCAUGAAUGAGAUCUUAGAAAGGAAGAUGAGCCCUUACCUGAAUCCACAACCAUGGGGUACUCCUGUUGUACGCAGGAUGCCUCGUGGCCAGCGUCUUAUUGACGAAGUCUGGGAUGAAUUGAAGGACAUGCAUUGGCCUACCAGUGCAGCUUACGACGCACUGUAUGCAGUUUUGCAAAAGGAUUUCAUGCGGAAGAGUUUCCAGUGGCUUGAUUUCAGUGUCGAAGUUGGUGAUGUGGGGUGUGAGUUGGAGAGCAUGCUUCUUCAGGAAUUAGUGGAGGAGCUUGUGCAAGAUAUUUUCUCCAUCGAAUUAAAACUCGUGAAGGAACUCUGUCAAGAACUGCCAUUGUGUCCCCCCUCUCCGCUUCCAGUGCAUCACUCGCCUCUACAUACUUGCUCAAUUCGCGACUCACCUCGAGCUCCCUCGGAGGCUACCUCUGAAGUGUCACUAGCUUCACCGGAAAUGUCACCUGUGUCAUCAGACGACUCAGUUCGCAGACGUCGGGAGCUCCUAGAUAAGACCAGAAGGGAUCUUCUUGCCUGGCAUGUACAAUAUCAACAAUUGUAGCUUAAGAAAACCGCAGACUUGGGGAUCAGAAGUCCUUUGUAUUAUUCUUCCCGCUUCAGUCAGCCUUCUUGUAUCAGGGUUCAAAACUUCAUUCAAGUUGACUCAUCAUCAACAUUCAAAACCUUUCAGUUCUCAGUUAGCUUAUUAUUCUUUCGUUGGACUCAAAGGGAGCCCGACAGACGAUGUUUUUCUAUUUUUGAUAUAGAUUGUGUAAAUCACUGUGUCUCCCAAUUGUCUCAAA